AUGAUUAAAAUUUUCAAAAAUAAUCAAUAUAGAUUUGAAUAAUUUUUUUAUGUAAGUUGUUAUGAAUUUAUUCGAAACGCUAUAAUCAUAUCUCAUAAUAAUAAACUCUUGAUGUUAUUGUUAUCAAAAAGUUAACAUAUAAUAAUUUUGAAUUUAGAUUGCUUAGGCUUAUUUAAUGAUUUUAAGAUAUCUCUAUAAAUCUCUAAUCUAAAAGUAGAUCAAAAUAAUAAAUUAAUUAUUCAAGGUUUCAAUUCUAUCUCAAUUAACUAUUUAAAAGUAGAAAAGUAGAUAUUUUUGGAUGAAUCAUUAAUUGAGAUCAAUUAAAACUUUUAAAUUAAAAGCAUUUAAUAUCCUAAAUAAAUUGUAGGAAUAUAAAGUUUUAAGAAAAUAUUUUUUUAUAAGUGUUAUAAAUUUAUUGCUUCACUAUUUAGUUUUGAAUCAAAUACUCAAAUAAAUAUUUCAUUGCAAAAUAUUUCGUAUUGUUAAAAUAUUUUUCAUUCUUACCUAAAUUAUUUAAUAAGCAUUUCUGCAAAUUUAUUAUAAAUUACAUCUUCUUUAUUUCUGUUGAAAUUAAUGAUUUAGUUAGUCAUUAAAAUGCAAUGA